AUGUUCGCACAAGUGCGAUCGGAGAGACCAGCUGUUGUUAAGAAGGCCCUGGAAUGGCCAGCCACAGGUGAUGAAGACCGCGAAGGGCGAUUGGGGGGUGCAGGGGGAGGUCGAUUAGUCGCCUCCUUCCGGGUGGGAGACCGGCCAGAGGCUGGCUCACUUUCCGAUGCGGAAUGGGUGAGCGUAGAGAGUCUGUUCGAGGAGCAACCCCGGCAGCGGGCUCCAAAAAGGGGCCGUGAGGGGGAUGAUUGUGCCAGUGCAGAAAUGCCGGCACCGAAAGCGCCCAAGGCGCCAACUAUGAAGGCCGUGAAAGCGGCCAAAAAAGGUGGUCGGCCGAAGUCGACUUUGUCCGCUGACGCCCGUCGGGAGUUAGUGGCGGCAAAGCGCGACGAGGCCGAAAAGAUCGUGGCCGAGAUGGCCAAAAAGGCGGAGACGCUGCAGGCGACAUCGCCCGCAGACAAGGGCACCCUUGGGGACCAGGCCGCAACGAAUAUAAAAAUUAUUCGGGAAAUUGCGGCCCAUUCAGGGAACCUCAAGGGUACGUUUCAAAAGGGCCUGAAGGACGCUGCAGCGUCCCUAGAGAAGGUCAUGUCGGCUCUGAGCUCCGGGUCGACAGGUGAGGAGACUGAGCGCCUGCGCGAAAUCUGCGAGCGCAUGGAAAAUAAGAUCUCCUCACUUGAGAAGGAAAUGGCGGAGCUCAGAGCCGCCGUAGAAAGGGAGCGUCGGGCGGAAUUCCGGCAGGAGAAGACUGAGGUGCUGCAGCGCCUCAUUCUCACCACAAUGGGUCCUGUGCUGGACGCCCGUUUUGAGGGCCUCCAGGACCGUCUCCUGCCGGAGAAACGUAUGCGGCCCGCACUGGCGGCCGAUAAACGCCGUACGCCGGCAAACCAGACGACGGAUGAGAGGUUGGCUGCCUCGGUGGCCGACAUGAUCUCGGAGUCAGACGCCGAUGUGGAGGAGGUGCCGGUGCCGGCUCCGGCAAGCCGUACUGCCGUAUGGCGGAAGGCGCCCCCCCUACCGACCCCUGAACCUAAGCCCAGAAAGGGCAAAGGCAAACGGGGUAGGAAGGGAAAGGGCAAGAAAGGGAACUCUGCCCCUACGGCGCCUGAGCCGGUACCGUUGGCGACUCCACCACUGUCGUCACCGAGGUCGGCCAACUCUCCAUCCUACGCAGCCGUAACGGCUGCGCCGGCGUCACGGCCACCCGCUCCGCCACCGGCUUCUGGGCCAUCAGAAGUACCUUGGAAGAAGGUGCCGGAGAAGGGCUCCAGGAGGAAGGCCGCCGCUGCCGCUGCCCCACCCCGGGGUAACCAGGCUGCAGCCAAAAAAGAGAAGGGUCCACAACCGCUCAAACUCCGCCCACCGCGGUCGGCUGCUGUUGUGAUCAGGCUGCGGCCGGACGCGGAAAAGCGUGGAGCGACCUAUGGUCAGGUCAUGGAUCUGGCCAUGGGUAAAGUGGACCUCGGCGCCCUGGGUAUACCCGGGGUCAAGUUUAGAAAGGCGGCAACCGGUGCCCGCAUCUUAGGGAUAGCGGGCACUGAAAAGGACGACAAGGCCAACCUCCUGGCGUCCAAAUUGAAGGAGGUCCUGGAUCCUCAGGUAGCAGAGGUAUCCAGGCCUCUAAAGAGUGUGGAUAUGCGCGUGCUGGAGCUGUGCGACUCCGCCACACCAGCCUUGGUGUGUAGCGCAAUCGCUCGUGCGGGUCAAUGCCCCGAAUCGGAAAUCCGAGUCGGGGACAUUCUGGAGGACCGCUCGGGCGUUCGCACGGCCUGGGUAAGGUGUCCCAUCGCAGCGGCCAAACGGCUGACCGCCAACGGCACCAGACUCCUAGUCGGAUGGGUUUCGGCGCAGGUAAAACUGCUGCCGGCUAGGCCCAUGCAGUGCUUCCGCUGCCUAGAGACGGGUCAUGUCUCGCAGCGGUGCACUGCCGAGUCCGACAGGAGCCUGCUGUGCUACAGGUGCGGCGAGCCGGGUCACAAGGCCGCGGCGUGCAACGCCGCCCCCAAGUGCAUCUUGUGCGCGGGGGCAGGCAAGCCGACGGGGCACCGCGUGGGGAGCAAGGCGUGCUCCAGCACGCGCCAAAAUAAAAAAAGGAGAGGUGGGAAGCGGGGUGCGUCCGCGGCUACGGCCCAGACGCAGCCUGCUCGUGCGGCUCAGAGCGCCGAGGCGAUGGAAACGGGGGCCUCUGAAUAA